CACCUGUCCAAGAUAUGUUGCAAUCAUCCUGGGCCCUUCAUUUGUCGGGUGAACAGCGCGGUCUGACAGCGGAAAUCCACAUGUUCUGGACCUUGCGUUAGAGGAGGAGUGUGCAGUCCUCACGAGGCAUCAUUGUCUUACAAUCCUCCGCUAUGGCCAACCUGGAUGUCAAAGUCAGUCUUACUCUUACACCUCGUGUUGACUAUUCAUCUCGCCCCCACUUCCGUCGAAAAGAGGACCCAUGAACCUCAUUGGCGUCCCAGCCAGACAUCGAUCUCUGCCACACGACCCAUGAUGACCCCAUGAAUGCGGGGCUUGCCCACGAACUUACUUGUGUUCCACCAAAGGCAAGAGUCUCGCUUGCCGGCUUUUUAUUGAGAAGACUUGCCGAGUUACGUGCCCGGACACGCUCUCAGCCUCCCACAAGAUUAUAUAAACUCUGAGGGCAAUCGUCUGCAGUUCCUGCCGUACCCUGAGAGCGCUUCAUCCAGAACCCAUACAACCAUACUGUACGCAAUGGGCAGCAUUCUGGAACAAUCGCGCCCUGCCUCAAUUCAAUUAAGAGAUCUCGAGGUCCAGGGUUUUGUCAAUGAAGCUUCGCAGGUUACAAACUAUCUCGGGAUACAGUAUGCUACGAUCCCUGCUCGGUUUCGCCAGUCACAGCCAAUCGACCACCUUGGCCUUACUGGUGUGCUAGAUGCGACUCGGUACGGGGCCAGAUGUCCUCAGAACCCACGACCAAAGAACCUUCCACUGUUCGAAGGGCUGCAGCAGACCGAGGGUCCAAAUGACGAGUUUGGGUGCUUGAGACUCAACAUAUUCACCCCAGCAGCUCAGCAAUCUCGGCCACUGCCUGUUUUGGUUUGGAUCCAUGGUGGAGGAUUCGUCUUUGGAGAUGGAGGUUGGGAAUUCGACGGCAAUCACCUUGUCCAACAUGCAGUUGAAUCCGGAAAACCUAUCGUUUUCGUGACCUUGAACUAUCGACUUGGCUACUUUGGCUUUCUCACUUCCAAAGAGCUGAAAGAAGAAGCUGUAAAGGAUGGACAGACUCCUUUCUCUAACACGGCGUUUUAUGACCAGAGAUUGGCCCUACUAUGGGUUCAAAACCAUAUUCAAUCUUUUGGCGGAGACCCAUCGAAUGUCACCAUAGCUGGCGAAUCUGCAGGAGGAUUAUCAGUCCUAGCUCAUCUUCGAUCAGAUGUACCUGUUUGCCAAAGAGGAAUCAUCAUGUCCAGUCCAAAUCUUGACUAUCCGCGACCGGAAGAGUCUCAAGCCACUUUUGACAAGCUUGUUGCCAGCACGGGAGUUUCUCCAUCAGCGCCACCCGAAGAAAAGCUGGCAGCAUUGAGGGCCUUGUCAUCCGACGACAUUAUCAAACUCAUCGGAUUCUCUUUCUCAACUCCACAUUGGGAUCCGGAGUGGUUCGUCCACCAAGAUGGCACUACACCCACUGCAGGUCCCGCUCCUUUGAGCCCUUGGGUAAAGGGUGUGCUCGCCGGCUCCACGAAGGAUGAAGCCGCCAUCUUCGGCUUGGGCAUGGGCUGGCAGACAUGGACAUCCAAUCAAUUUGAGGAGAGGGUGAAAUCCGUUGUACAAGACGAGAAGGAUGCCAGCGAGCUGUUGCGUGCCUAUGGCAUUGACUCAAAUGCAUCUGCCGAAACCAACAUGCGCGGCCUGAUUGACAUGGUGACGGACACAAAUUUCUCCGGUCUACCUUUUAUCGUCGCAGAACAGCAGACUUCGACCCCUCCUAUCAGUCUCUACAGAUUCGAGCAGCCGGAUCCCUUCCCCAAGAGUCCGUUCCAUGGCUAUGCGUAUCACUCGCUCGAUAAUGCUUUCUUCUGUCGAUACCCUUCGGUCGCUGGCCCCAGCGCCUCAGAAGAUGCAAGGGAGACAGCUAAUAGAUUCAAUGGUGCCGUCCUUGACUUUGCCUAUGGCGAUCAGCCGUGGGAGAUUUAUUGGCCCAAUCAGAAGAUCAUGGUAUUCAAUGGCAAAGGUAGUGGGCUUGUCAAAGCCGACCAGCCUGACCGAUGGAGACGGAUAUUUGCAGAGAGGGACCGCACCAAGACUGUCAGGCGGUACAACCACAAGUUAAUGGGCUUGGGGCAUGAUUCUCUUCCUUGAGCAGUAACAGCAAGAUGAUGUCCAGAGACGAGAGCCGAUGCAAACUGCCACAAAUGAGGGUAGUCUUGUUGUCGCAGAUCGAAGGAUCAUUCCACCCUAGUUGUUUUCAAAGACUCAAUCGUUCUUUUGCGAUUGGUCCGACCGGC